AUGAACGGAACACUUAUCACAGCCUCGGCAACAGAUUUGAAUGGAGUAACGGGAUAUGGAACGUAUCUGAGUGGUAUCACUCCGGGUUCUGUCGCAGCGAGCAAAGCUAUGGUUACCAAUGCAAACUCAGCGAUUCAGUUUGGAUCGGGUAGCUCCACCACAUACCAGAUCAAAUACUUUGCGAGCACGAGCUUGAGAGAUAGUAUUCGAGUCUAUCGUGUGAAUGAUUCCCGUCCACUGAUCAUUGGUACGCAAAUUGAUGGAUCCGCCAGCACCAAUAGAACAUAUCCCAUUCUAAAUAUCGUGUCUUCGAUUGAUCCCACUGCACAACAUGCACGUCCGCUGAGGCGUCAAGACGAGCUUACACUGCAAAAAAAGCCGCUCAACUGUGUUCGACGUUGGCGCAGCUACCAGCAGCAACCAAGGCCGCGAAGCAUCACGUUCGCACCAGACACCGCCAGCAAGUCGGCGUCGCAGAGCCGUCCAAACGACGCCAAUGUCAACGCCACCCCCGAUGACUCGUGUGUCGCCGUAUCGGCUGCGCGAGCGAACGCCACCUCAACCGCUGUCACCGUCACAGAAGCUUCAGUUCGAGAGGUUGUCGCGAGGCUGCAAGAGGUUUGGGGGGAAACAUACCAGGGUAGUGCAAUGGUCUGGCGAAUUGGGCAAAUGAGGUCAUGCGAAAUUUGGAUCGCUCAACGUGGGAAGAAGAUAUACAAGACCCUCCUACUGCUACUGUCGAGCGUUUACUUGUGCAUAGUAUACACCAACUGUCAGCAGACCCAGAAUCUGUGA